UCCUUCAGUUUGGUGUUUAGCCAUAGGCUUCUUGCACUGACGUCACAUCGCACACUUUUGAACACCAAGUAAGAGGAGGAGAGGGAAGCUGCUUUUGUAAGAAUUUCGAGUGACGGGUUAAUCUUCUAUAAUCUUCUGGGGGGAGAAUAGCGACGCCUGUACAAAUCCGGGAGGCACAAAGGAGGAUCCUGAUAAGAGGGGAGCUCCUUCUUUCCCUCUUCUUUGGAGGGCAACGGAAGUGACGUCCUGUGCAAGGAGCCUAUAGCUUUGGCCGGAAGUCGCUCUUGGUCUCGUUUCUUUUUUUUUUUUUUCCUGCUUGCGCGUAGGGGUUUGCGCGUAUUCUGUGUAAAUUGCUUGGUUCAUCUUGGUUCACGUUAAAUCACUGCAGUUCGUAUUAUGUAUUACUGGAAAUAAUCACUCGCUAUUCCGUGCUUAGCUGGCCUAGCUGGCUGCUGUAGUCACGCCUGUUGCGUUCCUCCUUCAUCAAUCGUCGGCUCAAGUUCGAUACCCAGGGAUUGGAGAGGCAGCUGCUACUGCUUUGUAAAGCAACUUCUCGAGCUUCUACCCGGGAGAAAUGUGCCUGAGCAGAAAGUUCAUUGUUUUAGGCUUCCCUAUGAAGAGGUAGCUGCCUUUGACCAACAUAGCUGCAACAUGUCCAUGCGCUCUAGUCGCAAGAUGCUACCAGCAACACCUGAGGGGGUCGGAAGCCACUGCCUGCAACCACUGGAGCGACGCAGCCAUGGGGGCCAUGCAUACGGCCCCGUUUUCCUAGAGUAUUCACUCAUGUCUGAAUAUCUAUUACUGAUGAAGCAGCAGCUUUCAGGUGUAUACGUAAUGCCAUCAGCAAGUUCAGCAUUCAUGUGGUUUGGUGUGCUCUUCAUCCGGCAAGGCCUCUAUCAGGGUGGCGUGUUCAGGUUCACGCUCCACAUCCCAGACAGCUACCCCGAAGGAGACUGCCCGGACCUGGUAUUCGAACCACCCAUCUUCCACCCUCUCGUUGACAUUGGAACGGGAGAACUAGACAUCAAACGCAACUUCCAAAAGUGGAGGAAGAAUGUCAACUACCUGUGGCAGGUUCUGCUUUGUGCACGACGAGCCUUCUACAAGAUUGAGACUCAGACCCCCCUGAAUCCUGAGGCGGCCACACUGUAUGAACAGAACCUGGACCAGUUCAAGGUGAAAGUGGCAGAGAACUUGGCUGUCUGCGAGGAGCGACUGUACGAGCAACCCUCCAUGGACGACGGCCAUGCUUUCCACUUCCUGCCUUGGGAUGACAAUGUCCGGGAACGAGUUGCCCAGCGUCACAUUCUCAGCAGGGUGGAAGCCAUGGAAGAUGCAGCAGAAGAUUCUCCUACGAGCGUGGGUCUGACCUGGGUGAAGCGAGGCUGCAUGCAAGUGUUCUCCAAGACCGUGUCGUGAUGCCUCGCUGAUGCCUACCUCGUCCACAAGCUCCGAGCAACCAAUUUUACCCAGACUUCUACAGCCUUCUCGCCAGAAGGCAUUUGCUCCCUCCUGCAUAGUUGACUGCAUGAAAACAGCUUGCGGCUUUCUAUUGUCAAGCUGCCUGUUAGGCUUCUUGGUGAGAGCUUUUAGCAACUUUGGGGACCUACAACUAGAGAACAUCCCAUGAGCACUGUGGCAUUAGUCCAAGAGAGAUAUGUAUUUUGAGAUUAAUUUUAAGGGUCACACGACUGCAUGAAUUGAACUUUUUACUUGUUCGGUGUGUUCUGAAUCCCCUGCCAAAUUGAUACGGUGUUCUAUAGAUGUGUCAUGGCCCUUAACUGUGGCAUAGGCACAUGCCAUAGGCACGUGCCAUCGGUGGUCAGAUACUUUAUUUGGUUUGUAAGUGUACUUUGUUAGAGAUGUAUUGUGUUGAUUUUGUUUGCACUGCUAGCUUCGGAGGCGCAGGAAGGCAUGCACCGACUCUGUGAAUUAAGCAUGUGCGUGUGUCGUAAGCUGUGGGCAUUGCACAUUCGCAGGUAGCUGGUUUCUCCGAGCGAAACAUCUGUGUCUGUGCCGUGCCGCAGUCAGUGCCACCACUCUGGCGCGAGUUCGGGCAGGGAAGUUUGAUACAUUUGUGCAGUUGGCAACGAUCUUAUUCCCUACUGUCGUCAAGCUCCAAGGCUUGUGCAACUAGACAAUUUUAAGAAAUAACCCGUAAACCACUUCCCUGGAAUAUUGCACUUGCACUAAAAUACCACAGUGCCCACCCAAACUUGCAAGAUAAUUGCAAGAAACUUUGGAGGUGGACACUUGCUCAAGUGAAAUUAGCGCAUGUUUUAUAUAUAUAAGCUAUUUCUGACGUUGUGAAAAAUCGGUGGUGGGACUCUCGUCAAAGGGGGCUCAUUCAUGACUGUCUUAUCGGGAAAAACGAGUUCCAAAUAAUUCCGCAAUUCUCUUUCUCAGGAACGAAGGUCCCUGUGGCUCGUGCAGUCCAUUAGGAAAUUUAAUGCAGGUCAUAUCGGCAUAGUCAUUUUGCAACAUGUGUACUUUGUGGCAUUCAUGGUAAUGAAAUGUCAAAGAAUGCUAUCUUAUGCUGAAAUGCAUAGCUGUGCUAGGCAAGCCCAAUCUCAGUUUAGUUAUUUUAUUUUUUUCUAAGGUGUCACUCAUUUUUGGUUUUUAAAUAAACACUUGGAAGACCGUAUA